CUCGCUACCUGAUGACGCUUCUGGAGCGAGAUGAAUGUGGGAGUGACGAGGGAGAGCUCGCCCACGCCGCCACCCCGAGCAUCUUCACCGAGGCCUGUAACAACGAGACCUACGUGGAGAGCCGUCCCGCGGGCGCUGGGGAUGCGAGCCAUGUCCGAGUCCCUUCUGUCUUCUCUCCGCCGGCUCCAGACCACCCUGCCUUCACGCCCAAGGAGUGCUUCCAGCGCAUCAGCCGCCGCCUGCGCUCCACCCUGAAGCGGGGCCGGAUCCCCAUGGGGACGCUGGAGGGCCUGGAGGAGGAGCUGCUGGCCUUCUUCUCCGUCACCCCUCACUCCGUCUACACAGCGCUGAUGGACAACAGGUAUCGGCGGGGACGGUGGCGUGCUAACUGCUCCCUCUUGCCCCCAGGUUCGGACAUCGAAGGGAAACGUCAAAUGAAAGUGAGCAACAAACACCGUGUCUUCCUGCCCCCCGAGCUCCUGCUCUCAGACUACCUGGGGCAGAUGAGCUGAUACCCCGAGGGUCGCCCUGCCCCUCGCUUGGCGCGCCGAAGGCUUCCUUCAUCUGCUCCUGGCCUCUCCCAGCCCCGCUGUCCCCUCAGGUCUGGCCCGCUGCCCGCCUCCCCCCUUGCCCGAGCGGGGUGCCGUGCGGACCAGCCCCCUCCUCGCACCCU